GCAGGCGGUCUGAGGCUAGCGCGCCUCAGCGACUUUCGGCUGGGCUCCUCCGGAGGCCCGACGACCUCCCGGCACUGGAAGCCAGGCGAGGUUCGGGGGCUGGUGACAAGGGCACAGGGGGGUGGGGCGCGAGGGGGACGGUCCCUGGACAAGCCCAAAGGCGGCGAACUCGCGAGUCUCGGGAGACCGGGACAGGUCGAUCCCAAACAGGAGCUCAACUUUCAGAAGAGGAGACGCCAGCAAGACUCUUUCGGGGAAUCCUCCCGCUCCUCACCUCCAUGGGCCAGACGGCCUUGGCAGGGGGCAGCAGCAGCACCUCCACCCCUCAGGCCCUGUGCCCUGACCUCUCUUGUCCCGAGGGCUUGGAGGAGCUGCUUUCUGCUCCCCCUCCUGAUCUGGGGGCCCAGCGACGCCACGGCUGGAAUCCCAAGGACUGCUCAGAGAACAUCGAGGUCAAGGAAGGGGGGUUGUGCUUUGAACGGAGGCCCGUGGCCCAGAGCACUGAUGGGGCCCGGGGUAAGAGGGGUUACUCGAGGGGUCUGCACGCUUGGGAGAUCACCUGGUCCCCUGAGCAGAGGGGCACCCACGCCGUGGUGGGCGUGGCCACGGCCCUCGCCCCGCUGCAGGCUGACCACUAUGCGGCGCUGCUGGGCAGCAACAGCGAGUCGUGGGGCUGGGACAUUGGGCGGGGGAAGCUGUACCAUCAGAGCAAGGGGCCUGGCGCCCCCCAGUAUCCAGCCGGACCUCAGGGUGAGCAGCUGGAGGUGCCAGAGAGGCUGCUGGUGAUUCUGGACAUGGAGGAGGGAACUCUGGGCUACGCUAUUGGGGGCACCUACUUGGGUCCCGCCUUCCACGGACUGAAGGGCAGGACUCUCUAUCCAGCAGUAAGCGCCGUCUGGGGCCAGUGCCAGGUCCGCAUCAGCUACCUGGGCGAAAGGAGAGUUGCAAAGUCUUCAGCAGAGGGUGGCUGCUGUUGGAGAGUGGAGGGCCCUUCAUCUCCUCAGCCCCAGCUUCAAGGCCUCUCUGGAAUGGAAGCCUGGGCUAGCUCCACUGCUGUUGGAGCCACCUUGGCCUGUUGCUUAGAGGGCCUUCGAGCAUCACCCCAGCUCUGACUGGGGAUGUGUGAAAUCCGUGGUGCCUCCCCCUGCCCCAAGAGCAGAUGCAGAACUUCAGGGUGCCUUAGAUCACCCUCUCAACCAAGGUGGGAGCAGACUUGCAGCAGGAAAGCAGGUGGGGGCCUGUGGUUUGAGGAUGUCUGGCUGGUGGACACACCCCCUACUUACCUUCCCCUCUUCUCUCUCCCAGCGGAGCCACACUCCCUUCUGCACCUGAGCCGCCUAUGUGUGCGCCGCGCCCUGGGGGAUACCCGGCUUGGCCAUGUAUCUGCUCUGCCCUUGCCCCCUGCCAUGAAGCGCUACCUGCUCUACCAAUGACCCCUGUGACACCAGUUUGCACUGGGGCCUGGACCCCACCCCUCUUGGGGGCUGGAGCAGGGAGGAGUCACUGCUGGCCGAGACCAGCUACCCAAACUAAAGCCAGUGAGGCUGGGCUCCACCCCAACCCCAGUUCUGGGGAGCACAACAGCCCCAGGGCCACCCAGAGGGGGAUGGGAGGGGGCUGGUAUUCAAGGCUGUGGCAGCCUGGGAUGCAAGACACGUUUGCAAGUAAAAAUAGUAAGAAAAGUGCUGCUGUAGAAA